UUGGACUCCGUUUUAAAGGACAUGAGGCGUUAUCCAAAGUUUAUUAUAAAUGGAAAGUGGAAAAUGAUUGCUUAUUUUAUAAUUCCAUAUUACUUCUAUUUUUACUAUUCAAUUGAACGCGUAUAUUUUCAAUAAAGAUAUGAGCUUUCUUAAUGGAUAACGACAUAGUAUGAUAAAGAUGUAAACUAGUAAGAAGACUUGACGGAAAGUGAAUACGUGACAAGCCUUGAACUGAUCUUAUUUUCCUAGGGUCGAGAGAAUCAAGUCACCUUACUUCCCAGGCCAUUAGAAUGUUUACAGUUUUAAAAUUUCUACUGUGUAUUUCGUGUCCAUAUGUCGCAGAGUGUUACAACUGUAAGGACAUUUCUUUUAGUAUGGAGGACUUUCACUUGUGUCCUAAACAUUGUGUGGAAUGUUCAUUACAUAACGCAUGCAUGUUGUGCCAAGGAAAUGCUUCGGGAAGUUCGUGUAGGUCUAAGUGUAAAAUUGGUUGUGUCGUAUUGUACAUUCCCCAUGGAACACUCUUGACAGGGUGCUAUGCAGAGAAUGUUGGUGAUGAAUGUUGCAUAGUUUGUCCACCUUACAGUUCUUGUUCAAACUGCUCGCAAUUCUAUGGUCCCUGUUUGAAAUGUUCCAAAGAGUUCUACGGCAGACUGACACACUGCGACAAGAAGUGUGGGAAUUGUCGCCCGGAUAAAGAAGGCGAAGUAGAAUGUGAUAUUGAUACCGGUAGCUGUCCAGGUGACUGUAUGGAUGGAUAUUAUGGCACUCGCUGCGACAAGAAAUGCAAUAAGAAUUGUCUCGAUCACGAAACAAAAACCAGAAGAUGUGAUAGACACACAGGUGACUGUGUAUUUGGCUGCAUUGCUGGCCGAUAUAACUACACAUGUGAAGGCACUUGCAGCAACACGUGUUUUAAUAGAUCCUGUGACAGACAAUCUGGAACUUGCAACGCCGGCUGUAUUUCUGGCUGGUAUGGCGACAUAUGCGAAAAGAAUUGUAGUGAAACAUGUGCCAACAAAUCUUGUAAUCAAUAUACAGGUCAUUGUAUGAAUGGAUGCAUUCCUGGUCGACAUGGUGACAAGUGCGAAGAGAUUUGCAGAAGUACAUGUAACAAUAACACUUGUAACCAACUAUCAGGUAACUGCGAUAAUGGCUGCCUUUAUGGCUUCCACGGUCCCAAGUGUGAAGCAUCUUGUAGCAAUUUGUGUCUCAACCGAACUUGCAACCAAACAUCCGGACAUUGUGAAAAUGGAUGUGUUCCUGGCAGUUAUGGUAACUUGUGCGAAAUGACGUGUAGUAGCAAAUGCUUAAAAAAUACUUGCAACCAGAUAAGUGGUCACUGUAAAUCUGGCUGCGUCAACGGUUGGUUCGGUGACACCUGCGGUGACCCUUGCAGCGAAACAUGUUUCAACAGAUCAUGUGACAGUUUUUCAGGUUUUUGUGAAAAAGGGUGUAUUUUAGAAUAUUAUGGUAAAAAAUGUGAGAAAAACUGCAGUGAAGCUCAUGUGCUCAGAAUAUGUGACAACAGUACAGCUAGGUGCCCUGGAUGCGAGCCAGGCUUUUUCGGAGACCCUUGGACCCAAAAUUCGACUAAUGAUCACGAUUCUACCGAUACCAUAAUAACAUACAGUACAGUCGGAGUCGUUUCUGCUUUGGCCUGUACGUUUACUGUUGGUUUCAUACGAAGGAUUAUUCUUUACAGAAAAAGAAACUUUCAAACUAGCAUUGAACUACCCGCAUUACAUACCUCGGAACCGUUUUAUGAAGAAAUAGACGACACAAAUGAUAGCGCAACUAGCCAACCAUUAUACAUAGAAUUUGACAGCGACUCCACAAACUUACACAACAGCAGUUCAAACCUCAGUGUAACCAGCAAUAUUCAAGGCGAGAGGGCAGGCAUGAUAGCUGCAGAUAUAAUGAUAGCUGUAGAUACAACAAACAGUGAAUUGCCAGGAACACAAAGUCUUAAUAACUAUGAAAUGAACCAAGAAAUCAAUUCUCACCUAAAUCAAAGUAACAGUAUAAUCGAAAUCUCAAGUGUGACAUACAGUAGUACGGAUAAUAUAAGAAAUAUUGGACCGCUGUCCAGAACACAGCAAGAUUGCUCAGAUUUAAGCAAAAGCUAUGUAAGAACGUUUGAGUGUCUUGGUACAAAACUUAAAAGUUCUGGUUUGAACGGGCACGAGGAUGAUGCAUACCAUUCCAGUGAAAAUCCUGUUGGAAGCGUCGGCGAAAAUCGUGAUAGUGCGUUCUAUAUACAUCCAUGUAUAUAACGAUAUGAUCAUUGUUCUGAGUUAUGAAAUAAGUUUUGCAUGUGAUAUUUGCAUGUUUUUUACCAGUUUCCCACAAUAUUUAUAGUUUUCCAGGCUAUCAUUUAACCCAUAGUGUUUCUGAAUAGCAUUUCCGUAGGGGAAAGGAAGUCCGACUAUGUGUAUGUUUUGACUAUUAAUCAAAUUGGUAGCCCAUGAUCUAACAAGCAUACCGUUAAAUUCUGUUUUCGUUAAUAAAAAUAAAAUAAGUUCCAACAGGAAUAAAUGACUAAAUGACUACAAAUUUUAUAAUAAAAGUAAUACCAUACAUAUAAACAAGCUGUAACGAUACCCGAAUCAUCACCAAUAUACUGUUUCAGUAAUUUUGUUACUGCGGUAUUUACCAAAGAAGGCUCCGGAUCUUACACAAAAAUAUACAAACACAGAUAUUUUUGCAUAAUUCCAUCUUUUAUUGUUGUAACUUUACUCAGACAAUAGUUUAUCUGGAUUAUAUUUUGAUAUUUACGUCUAAGAUCCACAGCCUUCUAAAAGUAUACUUCUUUUACGUGUAAACCUCAUACAUUUGUAGCUUUUACAAUUCGUAAAAACAAGCGUGAUAUAAUAGAUAUUCUAACACUUUUAAGAUUUUCUUUUAUAUAGGCAGAGAAGGAUUUUACCGUGUAUUGUCUUGUCAAUUAGAACACGUUUCGAAAAAAAAACUACUUUUUGGCUAUUUCGGUUUACUCUCUCUUUUUUAAACCGCAUUAGUAUUUCUUCCUGGUGUAAUUCGAACGUGUUGGAAUGGAAAUAGAUUUUAGUUUUGCAUGCUUUGCUGGCAAAUAAAACACGUUCUUUCGUUCAGAUGCGUCGCAAUUAAUCACUCAGGCCUUCGCCCUUUGUGUUUAGAUUACUACACAUUUGAACUCAAAACCAUGUUUUAUUUGCCAGCAAAGCACGCAAAACAAAAAUCUAUUUCCCAAACAAAAUUAAAUGAAUAAUUUAUACUAUCGUGCAAACAGUAGCAGGCCUGAUUAGAAUGAUUCUAUUCUUAAGAGGUAUGCAAUACGCAACACCACUCACGCCCCAUAGCAUGGGCUUAAGCGGAACUCUAUUAUACGCGAAUAGAAAUGGAACUGAACGAUUCCAAACGACCAGAACAUAUAGCAACAUCAAGACAUUUUUCGGCCGCCCAAGGUACUUAAAUACUGCUGUUUUGAAGACAGUUUGUGAAAGUGUGCACCAAAUGACUAGCAGUGGAGGUUUUCAGGGUAUUAUGCUUAAUCUGCUGUUAUUUUAGGGUACUAGAAGAAGUAAGUAAGUGAAUUUAGAAUACACGUGUUUCUAUAAAAACGAUUAGAUAAUGGAGAUAAAUCUACAAUCAUUAUGACAAAAACAUGUAACAAUGUUUCAUACAGUAAAUACAAGGCUAAAGUAACAAUAAUGAAUAUUCACAAGAAAAAGUAACAAAUAAAUUAAAAGUGAGCUAGACUAGAGCAGAAGUUACGAUUUCAUAAAUUCUUAGAUAUUUAACAAAAAAUCGUACCAAAUAGUUCUCCUUUCUGCUGCAUAUAACGCAACCAAUAAUGAUGAGAUAUACCCAGAAUGCACUAUAACUUAACAUACUAAUUUCAUCGCUGAAAUACAAAAUGUCAUUUGUUUUUGUUGCAUGAUAUAUUUAUACGAUUUUCUAAACAUGGGCUGCUUUUAACGAGAAUUUUCAAGAAUUCUCUCCCUUAAUUAUUGACUGUGUUAAAUUAAUUCCCUUCAUAUUGGAUUGUCUCCCUUACAUUAGCUAAAGUCGUGUCAUUCAUGACCCAAGUCAAUAAAUCUUUGUCAUGGAUUUUGUAAAGAUAUAAAACAUUUCUGUAAAAAAAAACAGCAUUAUGUUAGCUUAUGAUAUUGCGAAAUUUGUGUUGUCAUGUAACAGAAAAUGAAAACAUUAAAUAAAUUCUUUUCUUUCCUUUUGAAA